UUACAAGCGAAAUAUACGAGGAGAAUGAUGUUGGAGGAAUUGUAGACCUUGUCGAGGUCAUUCGGCUUCAAGAUAGCGGACCGACAGAAGCUGCGCGCGCGAUCCGCAAGAAACUGUAUAGCUUCCCCUAGCUCAAAAAUGUCCAAUUCAGCCCUUGUCAAUGACUGACGCAAAGCGACUGUACAGAAAAUACGGCAAUGUGCACCGACAACUACGAGCUCUGACCAUUCUCGACGGGCUGAUCCAAAAUGCGGGCCCUAGAUUUCAGCGCACCUUCCUGGACGAACCUUUACUGGAACGACUCCGAAUAGCAGCCACAGAUUCGCUUUCCGACGUGGAUGUGAAAAAGAAGUGCAAAGUCCUCUUUGGUCAAUGGGCAGUAGCAUACAAAGACACGCCUGGAUUAGAACGGCUUACUGCGCUCUACCGACAACUGCCCCAGCGCAAACGGCCCCAGGCUCAACAGCCCUCAAAGGUGCUCAGAGAGACGGAAGAAGAAGCAGAGAAUGACAACCGCAGCGCAUCUGCUACCAGCGGACGCGCUGCCUCUCGAUCCAUCAGCUCACCUACUCAACCCACCCCAUCGGCCUCCUCAUCGUCAUCAAACAAGCCCAUCACCUUAUCAUCCGGACCAAACUUUACAUUCUCGUCAUCAUCAAAAGACAAAAAGGGCAAAGUGAAGCCCUUCAACCUCGAAAAGGAGAAACCUCAGCUCCUCCAAACCCUCGCCUCCUCCUCCGUAGCCAGCACGAAUCUCAUGAACGCGCUGAGGCUCGUAAACCGCGAGAACAAGCGCGUGAGCGAGGACCCAGAAGUCAUGCGCCGGUUCGAGACGUGCAAGCUCCUCCGCCGGCAGAUUCUGAGAUACAUCCAAAACGUCGAGAGCGAGCAAUGGCUCGGCGGCCUGAUCCACGCCAACGAGGAGCUCGUCAACGCGCUGCAGACCUUUGAAGUGCUCGACAAGAGCACAGAAGUCGACAGCGACAGCGACAGCGACGAAUGGGACAGCAGUCACACUCCAUCUGGAGCCACCGCCGCUCGCACCUCGCCGCCGCUGCCCCCGCCACAAGGCUCGGGUACCUCCUCAGCCGCAGAUGCCCUCGCGGGUCUCAACCUGGAUAAUCCCCGCGCAGACGUGCCCCCCGCAAAACCCCCUCGACCGACAAGUAUUUCCAUGCCACCACUCAUGCCAGCGGCCGCGAGCAUUGCAAGCCAAGCGACUUUCACAAGCCACGCAAAUGGCAAAGGCAGAGUAUCUGGGCAUGAGCAUGAGCCCGAACCUCGCAGCGAAGACGAAGACGAGGACAAAUACGGAGAUGAUGACGACGACCCUUUUGCCGACCGCAACGCCAUUCACACUCCCGGUGUUGAACGCACUGGAAUGGCCUGGCGUUGAUCUGAUUCUGUCCUCUUUCUUUUUUUUCCCCUUUCAUCUUAGUUGAGCCUUUUGUCCUCUUUCUUUUCCUUCAUCUUAGUUAAGCCUUUUCGUCUCUUAUUUUCCUUUCAUCUCACUCAAGCCAUUUUUUGUCUCUUUAUUUUUUUUUCUCGCGCUCAUCUUUUCUCCGUUGAUAUCUUUUUGGUUUAUAUGCGUCUUUUUUUGCCCCAACCCCACCCCCGAGCCAGAUCUUACAUUUUCCAGUUUAUUUUUAAUUCGUUCCUAUGCUUCCCUGCUUCCCUCCCUUCGUCCUGUCCUACAUCUUUUCCUAAAGUCCUUUUCUUUCCCCGAGAAUCCGACUCCAUAUUACUUUUACCAGUUUCGUGGUCCAUAGU